UCAAUAGUGAAAAGCGAUGCUCAUCAGUGAUUGUAUAUAAGGGUCGGUGCUAUAUAAAACAACGUAUCACUUCAGCCAGUGUAACGCCAAUAUUAACAAGUGCAAGAUGAAGAUCCAAUUACUGUUAGUUGUGGUAUUCGCUGUGUUGGCGUUGGUGAACGGCGUGCCAGUGCCGGGAGGCGGUGGAGGUGGCGGCGGCGGCGGUGGUGGUCGUGGCUGCAAUUGUGAACGUGGCGGCGGUGGUGGCGGAGGCGGCGGUGGCGGUGGUGGAUGGGGUAAUGGUCCUGGCGGCCCAGGUGGUGCUGGCGGUCCAGAUUGCGUGCGUCCAUCUUGGAUGCCACCAUGUCCUCCAUAAUUUCAUCGCUCAUAAAUCUCAAACCAAAGACACUAAUAUAGUGCUGCUGUACCUCCGAUUCACACUUAAUUAGAGACACUUUUAAUAUAAGAUCCUUAAACCUCUGUACAUAUGUAUAUAAAAAUGUUAACCAAACCAAAAGCUUUAAUAAUAUUAAAAUGAAAUAAGAAUGUAUAUUGAA